AUGUCUGAUAAAAGGGAUAGAGAUCAAAUAUUACAUGCAUUUGAAGAUAAUUAUGCAAGAGAUUUGGCAAUACAUUUAUAUUCCAUAGUUUUAUUACAUCGAAUAAAUCCAUUAUUUCCAAAAAAUAGUUAUUAUAAUUGGCCAUUAACUUUAGAUUUAGUACCCAUUCCACCUAAUAAUUAUGAAGAUGACAUAUAUGACCAAUCUGAUUUUGAAGAAGAUAUAGAUGUUGAUGAAGCACGAACUGAUGUUGAUUAUUGGAAUUAUAUAAAAAGUGUAACUAGGACAAGACAAAUUAAAAUGUUAAAAGAUCCAGAAACAAAAAGUGCUGAAUCAAAUGAAAAUGACCAAGAUUAUGUGAGCAAUAUCGACUGGGAUAAGCCAAUAAUGAAUGUUAUGUUUCGAGAAAAAUUACCGAAUUCAAAACCAGUUUUAUUAAAUGCAAUAUCGUCAGUUAUACAAUCAAAAAUACGAUCAAAAAUCAAAGAGAAGCAAACAGCAGAUCAAAAUGACGAAGUAUUGAAAUACUUUUCUACUAAAAUUGCAAACAAGUUUGAAGCUAUGUUGAAUCAAUUUAUUCUAAGUAAAGACCAAACUUGGAUAGAUGUAAUUGAUUGUGGUAUAAAAUCAGAAGUUUCACCUUAUAAAAAGAUAAAUACCUGGUCAUACAGACAAUUGAUUGAAAAAUGUAACGCCUUAUUCAAUGAUAUUCGAUAUGAUUAUGAAUUUGAUGAUGAUAAAGUACCUCCAGAUGUUAAAUCAAAUGAUGGUACAUUUAAUGUUAUGAAAUAUCUUGAAUCAUUAAAAGAUAUACAAGGAGGUUGGGGUCAAUUAACAUAUGAACAAUAUUAUGAAAGAUAUUUACCUAAUUUAAAUGACAAAAUCAAAAGAGAGGCUCAAUUAAAUCUUGAAAUGGAUGAAAGAUUAAGAUUACAAAAAUCUGGGCUUUUUGAUAAUUCUACUCCAAUUGAAGAUUAUAUAUUAAAAUGA